AUGCACAUUACACGUGCUAUCCCUUGCAAGUGGUAUAUAAGAUCAAGCAAAGGUCUGAUGGCACUAUUGAGAGUUAAGAGAAACUGGACUGUUUUUCAACUUGAUGUUAACAAUGCCUUCCUCAAGUUGGAUUCAGAUGUCGGUGACCCUAUUCCUGAUCCUAGUUCUUAUAGGAAACUCAUUGGCAAGCUUAAUUUUUUACAACAUACUAGGCGUGAUAUCUCUUUCUCUGUACAACACCUUAGUCAAUUUUUGCAUUGUCCACGAGUUCCACACGUGCUUGCUGCUCUCCAUGUUCUAAGGUAUCUCAUGUCUGCUCCUGAUUUGGGUAUUGUAUUGAACUCUUCUUCUGAUUGUUCUCUUGUGGCAUUUUCUGAUUUUGACUGGGCUUAUUGCCCCACUUUGAGAAGAUCUGAUACUGGGUUUUAUAUAACUCUCGGUGGUUGCCCUGUGUCUUGGAAGUGCAAGAAACAACCCACCAUUGCCCUGUCAUCUGCUGAGGCUGAGUAUAGGCCUUACGCAAGUUCUGAUCAGCUGGCUGAUAUUAUGACAAAGGCUUUGCCAGGACCUGUACAUCAAAAUUUGUUGGGCAAGCUGGCAGUGUGCACACCCUCCAGCUUGAGGGGUGGUGUUGGCAUGAAGCCCAAUUUAGUCAAGGUCCAAGUAAUGAUAGACCCAAUUGUCAGUGUGUUUUAA